AUGAAACAAACACACCUGUUCUGGCUGCCGUUGUUAUUCUCCACAAGUGGAAUAACCGCUCUCCAAGCCCCGUACAGUAUUCCAGAUUUUGUUUCAUUGUCGAGUAAACAGUGGCCCUCUACCUCGAAGUGGGCUUCGUUGAACACAUCCCUGGGAGGACGGCUCGAGGUUCUGCGACCAUGGGCUGCUGUAUGCUAUCUCUCAGAUGCUCUUUACGACUACGAGAAGUGUCAGGCAGUGCUUACGGGAUACGACAACGACACAAUGGCAAGUCAAACCCCAUUUCUAAACACCAGAAUCUUUGUGCCGGCAGCUCUGCUGUGGACAAAUUGGGAGGCAUGCGGUUAUGGGAACGGGUGUCCCCUGAACUAUAGCGACCCCCAGAUUAUUCAUGAUCAGGUGUGCCACCAGGGCACUACGCCUCCUUAUAGCGUCGCGAUCAAUAACGCAAACGACGCGAGUAUUGUUGUGAAAUGGGCUGUGGAGAACAAAGUGAAGUUGACGGUUAAGAACACGGGACAUGAUUACCUUGGGAGAUCAGCAGCCCCAUCGACACUCCAGGUAAAUACACACACUAUGAACGACAUAUCAUACGUCCCCGAGUUUGUGCCGCAAGGAUCCUCUGCAGCGCCCGUGCCAGCGUUGACUUUUGGUGCAGGUGCACAACUGUACAACAUAUACGCUUAUACAGGAGCAAUGAAUAUCUCUGCUGUAUUAGGUGCAUGCACUACUGUAGGAGCCGCUGGGGGCUAUCUGCAGGGCGGUGGACAUGGAGUGUUAACACCCGCAUAUGGGCUCGGCGCUGAUCAUGUUCUCGAAGUUGAGAUCGUGACUGCUGAUGGAAGCAUAAGAACAAUCAAUGCUGUCCAGGACCCUGAGCUCUUCUGGGCUGUUAGAGGCGGGGGCGCUGGAAGCUGGGGAAUCAUCACAUCCGUGACAAUUCAAACUUACCCUGAAAUUGGCAUUGGGGCGUCUCUCCUUGUCAUUGAGCCAAAUCUUUCCCAAAACUUGACUACUCUUUCCAUUGAUUUUAUUGCGCUCUUGGGCAAGUACCAAAACAAACUGGUUAACUCUGGUAUCGUCUCAGUUCUAAUUCCGUUCGAGGCACAGUACAUCCUCAACUUUUACUUGCCGACCACGACUUCGCACAUGUCGACUCUCUACCCAUUUUUCUCUGAACUUCUGACACUUUCGUCCAACUACACCGUGGCGUCAAACACGACCUCAGCAACGAUGUUUGCGUCCGUCACAACUGCUGAAACGGAGUACAUCGGGCCUUUCUUCGACAGUUUCAAUUUCUACGGUGCAUCAGACCAACUAUCAUCCCGUCUCGUUCCGCAGGCGAGCCUAACUACAUCAGCGUCAAUCCAAGAAGUAGCAGAAGCGAUCUGGGCAGGAGGCCAGAUUCUUAAUGAACCUCUCCAAUCCGGACCGCCGGGUACCUUCGGUGCCGCCCCGCCGUUCUUGUUAGGGAAUAUGCCAGCUGCCACGCGCCAGAAGGUGAACGAAACGGGUGCGAACCCUGGGUUGUAUGAAGCCGCGUGGCAUGUGGUCUUUGGGGCGUCAUGGACAGUUGGUGCCAAUGAGACGACCAGCAAUAUGAUCAUGGAAGCUGUCCAUAGUGCGACUAACCCCCUUACCGCACUCGGCAUUACAAGCAGUUAUCAGAACGAAGGCGACGCCUUCGAGAUGAACUGGCAGCAAGUGUUCUUUGGGUACAAAUAUGCGAACCUGUCUUCCAUAAAACAACAGUACGAUCCUGGAAAUUGUGAGUCUGCUACUUGUAAGACCACGCAGACGACUUACUAA